AUGAAAGGUGACAAUGUUUUCGAAGCCGUUCAUGAGGAAGCGUGUGGAAUAGAUCAGCAACAGUUAGGACUGUCGGCUGAAACUUUUAGAGUGGAAAUCACAAAAAGAGAAAAUGUUGGUGAGAAGGACAUGUCUGUUGGUCAUAGUGGAGGAAGCAACAUCGCUUUGCAACCGGGCUUAUCACUACCCAAAAUAGGCUUAACAAAUUCUAACUGGACAGUUAGUGGAACUGGAAAAUCAGAUAAUGAUAUUCCUGGCAGAUGGUUCUUAAUGCCCGAUGAUGAAGAGAAACGACAUAAGAAGGCCAAUAAAACAGCUUCACCGCCAAGAGAACCAGAUGGAAGAAGCUCCACAAGAUCUCUAAACAAGGUACCCAAUGGCACUGGUGUUGGUCUUCCAAGAAAGCAUGAUACUAGUUCGAAAGACACGGAAGAGAUUGAUUAUACUAAUAAAUAUAUCGAAAUGUCGAAGUAUUUGCGUUUGAAGAAAAAGUUCGACGACUCUCAAGAGAGACUAACAAAUUGUCUCCAAGUGAUCAAUAAAUGGUAUGAAAAGGCUGAUAAUUGUAAACAAAAUUACAAUAAUUUGCAAAGUGAGGGCAUACCUUCGAGUGAAAAGAAUGAAAUGGAAACCCUGGAUAUGUGGAAAGGCAAAGCAAUGGAAUAUAAGGCAAAAUAUAAUACUGCUUGCAAACAAUUGAAAACAUUCAAAUCGGAAUAUGACGAGGCGAAAAGAAUCGAAGGAGAAGUGAAUAUGUGGAUAGUCAAUGCCAAAGAAACCCGAAUAAAAUAUAGAGAUCUGUGCGAGGAUUAUGAUAAUCUUUUAAUCAGAUUCAAAGAAGCUUGCAAGAAGUAGUAUCUCAUUUUUUUUUUACUGUUGAAUAUUUAUUUUUUGUGUACAGUUCUCGGGUUUACUCUCAUAAAGCAGUAUAAAGGCAAAUAUUGGUCUUCUGUUAAUAAACAUUGUU